AUGGCCGAAUACAAUGGAGCAGUGGACGUUAUCCGUAAAACGUUCAGGUGAGAUGAGGAACCCGCUGCAUCGAUUUUAUUUUUUGUUGAAAGGAGUUUGUGAAAGUGAAAUUUUCCAGCGCUCUAAGAUUUAUACCUUAAACAGUCGCCUUCUGACGUUAGCUUUUUUGUCGACUUUCUAGAUACGAAGGAGUGAGAGGAUUUUAUAAAGGAUUGGUUCCUAAUGUUCUCAGGUAAGAUCCCCAACAAAAGAGCUCCUAGGUUUUAACCUGUCUGGAUGACAGUGACUAAUUGGCAGGCCCUAGUUAUUCAAAAGGUAGCUAACGCUAUCCACUGCAUAAAUGACUAUCCAGCGGAUAACGCAGUUGGUAUCCAUAAAACGUAUCCACACUGAAUAGUGAUUUAUCCGGUGGAUUGCGCUAAAGAACAUUUAAUCAACCGGGGCCAGAACUGUUACGAAGAUGUCGCGGUUAAAAGGACAACAGCACUUAGCCUCUUUAACAGUAAGCUCGGACUUCACACGUGAAAGAUCAGUGAAGUUGUUUAUGCAACUGUGCGUGAAAAAGCCAAACAAAAAAACAAACAAACCCGAAAGGUAGCAUACGAGGACGUCACUGGCUGCCGCUAUUGGUCUAUUCAUGAGCUUACUGUUAUCCUCCCACCCCAUACUAUGUAUGAUUAGUGAAACAAAAGAGGCGGUAGACCACACCACCUGGGAAAUAUUUCCUGUUCUUUUUCAACAAUAGUGGCAGUUGGUUGUUUUACAACACUAUGCGAAAGUAAUGAUGUCAAACUUCUCCGAAUUUCGUCAAAAUUGACGAAUUUCAAAGAGGGAAUAUCGGUAAAAUUUCGGUGCAUCUAUUGUCGGCGAAAUUUCGCGCAAUGAGACGAAAUGGGACGAAAAUUCGGCUCAAAACGAAGGUUCAGUACCGUUCGUCCAAUUUUGAAGAACUUUUAAUGAUAGGAAGGAUGAAGGAAGUAAGGCCAAAGGCUUAGAAAUAAUGAUAAUUAGUUAAGAAUUUAUUACGCACAGAUAUCAAUGUCACUAUAAUCAAAUCCGCGAUAUUAUGAUUGCCUUUUCCGAUUUUUAAGGCCACUUCCGGCGGAUCAUCUGGUCUGAGGCAAGGUCUUAAACAGACAGUAGAGUGGCAUUUUCUUUUGAUAAUGAACUCUGUGACCGGCCGGGAUUUAAACCCAACAUGCCGCAUACCAUAUGCUUUAUUUGGCUGAAAUAAGGCUCAUACGAGAAACAGACAAACCAGGCAACGCACAAAAAUAGGCAUGGAAAGUUGAAGUGAUAAUAGAAAAUGAUAACUGUAGUUUGACCUGGAUAUAAUGGUCACCCUCGACCGGUAUUUAAGAGACUUGCCUCCUAAUGAAGGUUGUCGCUCAAUUAAACAUCACAAAAAUUACCCACUGGGUGUGGCCGUCGAAACGCAACUAACUGAUAGUCUUCAUAAAAGAGCACUUCAUUCAAUUCUUCAUUCUAUCAAACUGUAAAGCAAUCAACGUCCGUUCAGGUGAACUAUACCAGGGCGACCCUGAUCUGUACUGAUCUUUCACUUUCUAUUCAUUCAACAAAGUUGCUGACUUGUAACCGUAACGGGGAAAUAAAGUCACCGUUAUGAUAAAGCACCAUCCGUUAUCCUGCCGGCCAACCAGACAGUGUUUGCGAGCCUUGACGCUCAAACCGAAAUGUCUCAUUCCUUCAUUAUUUUCUUACGUUUAUGUGUGGCCGCUAGUGAAUAAAGGCAAAAAUAAGAAGAAGGGCAAAGCAUGGGCUGCAAAGGGGUGAUAGUAAAAGGCACGAGACAAACGUCGUUUGUGAUUAAGUUUGUUUGUUUUUGUUUUUACAGAGUGACUCCAGCGUGUGCUCUGACAUUCGUGGUAUACGAAAACGUCAUCCAUUUUCUCAUGCCGCCCAGCUAA